AUGCGGGCGGUGUGGGCUGCCUGGAGAUGUCCUGCGUGCUUCGGUCCAAGUCCACCCAACCUGAACGAAUACCCUUGGAUGAGUCAAGAUAAGCUGAUCAUUUGCCUUGAUGGCAACUUCCAGCAUCACCACCAUUCUAAGGCGAGCCGCGAUUACAAUCAAAUACGAACUCCAAACAUGUUCGUCAGCCAGAAGGAGGUUGAUGAGAUGAAAGCCAAGAUCAUCGAUAUAGAGUUACGCCAGAAGCCAAAAGACAAGAGAGACCAAUGUACAGAAGCUCACAAGGCAGCUGACAACAAGCGUAAUGAGUCCUCGUGGAAAGGUUGUGACGACACCGGCCUUAUGGGAUGUUUCUGUCACCACGAUGCUGCAAUAUACAUGGCAAACAUCAAUAAAUCAGGUGAACAGUGUUGUUUUCCGAUGGCUCUCCUAAACAAGAUUCUCAAUAAUGAGUCCCCGCAUCGACAUGUUGGCAUCCUAUACGACAUAGGUUGCUCUCUUGACAAGUACAUGGCUUUGCGCGGCUUACUCAGUGACCAACAAGAUCGUCUUCAAUUUGCGACCUCCAUUUUCCAUGCCUAUGUUCACUCGUGGACAUGUCAGCUGGAUUAUAAUCCUCGUUUUAACAAAGGUUGGGGGCUAUCGGAUAGGGAGGGGCUCGAACGCAUGUGGUCUUAUCUGUCACCUUUAGUCAGACCGUUAAGAUAUGCCACACAAAAUCAUUGGCUCGCCGCAAUCUCUCACCAAUUAAAAUACCACAAUACAAGGGGUAUCAAGAAUCUUCAUAAACCCAAUCCUUUCUCCACGACCGGUCAAAAUUUUACGAAGCGUUUUUUCAAGGCCCAAUGGGAAGAACAACGAAAAUUCAAGGAAACACAUACUGACGAGCGAGAAGAAAAUCGGGAUAAGUUGGUUGAAGUGUAUGAGCAAGAGGCCGCACUUGAGGCCUUGAGGACUUGGCUGCGCAACACUCCUUCUACAUACCUGGCCAGCAAACAGGAGGCUCACGAGCUUCUGGAUGAAUUAGAGACAACUGCUGAGGAACUAAGAAAGGCUGCCGAAAGCUUAGGCCGAGAUCAUCAAACCAAGCCUGACGAAGCCAAAGAGGAACAAAAACUUUUGCUGCUUCUUUGGGAAGCUAAAUCGGAACUGUUUGUCCAAGCAGUAGAGCUUUGGGCGGAAAAACAGCCCCUCACCGACUCAAGAACGAUCAGACGUCGAUUAGGAACCAAGUUAAGCGAGAAGAUUCAGAAGGCUAUACAGAAGCGCUGGGGCCCAAUAAACAAACUCAUUGCAACCUUUAACACCCGAUUUGCGCAAUACGUGGCCAAGUUCCCUAGGCAACGAGUGGCUGACGCCGAUGAGCACCCUCUCACUUACAAAACCUUUGAGAGCAUGGCUAUUGAUCACAAGUUCUGGAAUGAUGGGAUAUACUAUCACUCCAAAGCACCAUGGGCAAUCGAUCUGGUAGGAGUAAUGGCAUUAGACAUGAAUAUGGAACCACCGGAAGAUCACAUUGAUCGCAUGGAGUUGGGAAACUAUGAUUGUCGAGAAAAACUACGGAUCAUCAAUAAGGAACUACAGACUCGUUUGUUUGAUCAUGGCGUCUUGAUACAAGAAUGGACUGGUACGAUUACGUGGAUGUGUGCUCAUUGUAGGCCUGAACUACUUCGUGACAUUUACUCGGAUUGGAACGAUAUAGUCCAACACGUGGCAACCAAUCAGACUAGUCGGCAACCAAAGAAGAACAAGGAGGAGCCGGUGGUUGAUAAUGUAGAAGAGGAGGCAGUCGUGGGUAUCCAGGUGGAUGAUGGCAAAGAAGUUACGAGUGGUGAGGCUGCCAACUCUGCAGGAGAACCAGCCCGAAGUGAUUGGGAGGAUGUUGAUGAUGCUCAAGAUGCCUGUGAUUGA